AUGUCGGCGGCGGCCACGAUGACGUGGCACGAGGACCUGCCCACUCUCGUGGGGGACACGGGCGUUCGCCUCCCCGGCGCCGGGGGGCACGCGCCGGCGGCGGCGAAUGUUGCGGCGGUGGGGGCCGGGUGGUACGGGGAGGAGGAAGAGGGGAGGGCGGAGGAGGAGGGGUGGGCACAGCAGGCGAAGGGGUUCGCGGAGUCGACAGCGGAGAUGCUGCGGGAGCUGGGCUGGGGGAUGUGGGACGUCGCCGCGCAGAGCCUCGCCGCCACCGAGGACAGCGAGCUUGCGCGGCGGCUCCGAAAGCGGGCGGCAGCCACGGGGAAGCGCCUCAGCUUCAUGAACGAGUACCUCCCCGAGGAGCGCGACCCGGUGAGGUGUUGGCUCAUCGUCGCCGCAGUCGCAUUCGUCACGCUCCUAGGAAUUCCUGGAAUCAGUGCAUCUCUUCUGGAAGAAUUUGGAGUACGACUUGUGACCUAUGAUCUACCUGGUUUUGGUGAAAGCGAUCCACACCUAGGUCGGAAUCUCAAUUCUUCUGCACUGGACAUGCUCUAUCUGGCUAAUGCUCUCAGUAUUCCGGAAAAGUUCUGGGUUGUGGGCUACUCUGGAGGUCUGCUGAUAUGUGAUUUAUUAUUCCGUGUCCAGGCAAAUCCAUACGACUUCAAGAUGACCAAAGACGAGAGGCGUAAAACAUGGGAUAGUUGGUCAACGAAACGGAAACUGAUGCACAUUUUAGCUCGGAGGUUUCCAUCACUGCUACCGUUCUUUUAUCGCCAAACCUUCCUUUCUGGAAAGCAAGGACAGCCAGAGAGUUGGUUGUCACUGUCAUUGGGGAAGAAGGACAAAACUUUACUGGAAGGUCCUGUGUUCAAUGCAUUCUGGGAAAGGAAUGUUGCAGAGUCUGUGCGCCAGGGAGAUGCAAGGCCAUUUGUAGAGGAAGCUGUGCUGCAAGUAUCUGACUGGGGUUUCAGCUUAUCUGACAUCCAAAUGCAGAAGAAAGAGGCUCGAGGCUUUUUUGAACUCAUCAAGUCUCUGUUCAAUCAGGUUGAAAGAGUGUGGGUGGGAUUUCUGGGCCCAAUACAUAUAUGGCAGGGGAUGGACGACCGAGUGGUCUCGCCGUCAGUGGCUGAAUUUGUGCGGCGGGUGGUUCCAGGAGCCACGGUCCACAAGCUUCUUGAUGAAGGCCACUUCUCAUACUUCUGCUUCUGCGACGAGUGCCACAGGCAGAUAUUCUCCACCCUCGUCGGCAUUCCCCAGGGCCCUAUCAACCCUGCGCCGCAACCCAGCGAGGUCGUUUGA